GGCAGAGCACUGCUUUUGAGAUAAGUAAUUUUGUCUCUUUCCUCCCUCACGACCUUCAUCCUCUGUUCCUCAUUUGUCUUCAUUUUUUCCAGAAAUCAUCCAUUCUUCUACAGACUGUAAGCUGAGCUCGUUUCUUUUUCUGUUAUUUUCUUCAACGGCUAGAACAGUGAUGACCCAUUCCACGUUAGAUAAGAAUGCGAUUAAGAACAGAUUAUCUCAAAGAAUUGUUUAGUUGCUUGAACUACUGAUCGUUUUACUUCCUCUAUCCAGAAAAUUACUGGAUCGAUAAUGGAAUUCUCAUAAGAGUCUUGUUGGCUUUCAUUCAUGGCAGAUGUGAAGCUCUUAACAAGCCCCUUGAGCGAACUUACCAGAUAUCCAAGGAGAAUGCAAAGAGUUCGGGUGUCAGCUUCAUUCCUUUGGAGUAAUUGCAGCCUUGCGUAAUUGAAGACAUCAGACAAAACAAAAAAACAACAAGGGGAAAAAAGAAGAAAAAGACAGUUAACAAUUUGGAAGAAGAACAUACAGGAACAAAAAAGGUGGCAAAGCAUAAAUUCCUGUCGCAGAUGCUUUAAGUGCUGGAGUGGCAAUAUACCCACGUGCCAUAAUUUAGAUUCCAUCCAUUACACAAUUCUAAAAACACCAGAGAACUUUGUAACUGGUCUACUGACAACUAAGUCACUGCUGGGUGCUGAAGUUAGAGCUUCGGGAAUCUAGCUGGAGAUGAGUAGUGCAGCAGAGAAGGUGGUGUGCGUGACCGGAGCGUCUGGUUACAUUGCUUCAUGGCUCGUUAAGCUCUUACUCCAACGCGGCUAUACUGUCAAAGCCACUGUUCGCGACCUAAAUGAUCCGAAGAAGACAGAACACUUGCUUGCGCUUGAUGGAGCCAAGGAAAGGCUUCACUUGUUCAAAGCGGAGUUGACUGAUGAAGGAUGCUUUGACUAUGUAGUGGAAGGAUGCCAAGGUGUUUUCCAUACAGCAUCUCCUGUAUUUUUGUCAACUGCUGACCCACAGGCAGAAAUAAUUGGUCCAGCACUCAAGGGUACCCUUAAUGUUCUUAAAUCAUGUGCAAAAGUUCCUUCAAUCAAGAGAGUUGUCUUAACAUCUUCCAUGGCCUCAGCUCUAUACAAUGGGAAACCUUUGACUCCUGAUGUGAUGGUUGAUGAGACUUGGUUUUCAGAUCCACGCAUUUGUGAGGAAAGUAAGCUUUGGUAUAUGAUGUCGAAAACUUUAGCCGAGGAGGCUGCUUGGAGCUUUACAAGAGAUAAUGGGAUUGAUUUGGUUACAAUCAAUCCAGGAGUUGUGAUUGGUCCUCUUUUACAGCCAGCUCUUAAUUUCACAUCAGAGCUGAUACUAAACCUCACAAAAGGAGAACACACUUUCCCAAGUCCAACUUUUAGGUUAAUUGAUGUUCGAGAUGUUGCAUAUGCACAUAUUCAAGCGUUUGAGAUUCCUUCAGCUAGUGGCAGAUAUUGCUUAGUUGAAAGAAUUGUACACUAUUUGGAAAUUCUGAAGAUGUUGAGUGAACAUUAUCCUGCUUUGGGCCUUAAAGAAAAAUGUGGAGAUCUUAACAAGCCUCUUGAGCGAACUUACCAGAUAUCCAAGGAGAAAGCGAAGAGUUUGGGUGUGAGCUUCAUUCCUUGGGAGGUGAGUCUGAAGGAAACUGUUGAAAGCUUGAAGGAGAAGGUUUCUUAAGCAUCUGAAUUGUUGCUUCAUUUUAACGCUCCCUGUUGUAAGAACGUGUUAUUUCUAUUUACUUCUAAUCAUCUAUCAGUUGGAUAAUCUGGAAGUGUCUCUACUUUCAGGGACUGCUGUUUCGUGUUGGAAACUUCAGUUUCCAUUUACUUCCCAUUGUAGUCAGCAUAGGUUGAGAAUCUAUGGAAAAACCAAACUGAAAUUCAAGCAUCUGAAUUGUUGGAAAAGAGUUGGCAUAUGAAUCUCUCUCUCUUUC